GGGCACAAAAAUUCACGCAUGCGCUGCCUUCAUAUCCGGUAUUGGGUGAAAAGAAGUGGUCGCAGGCAACCUUCCGUUUAAACAGACACAGAGUUUCAAACAAAUAUGGCGUUAAAGAGGAUAAAUAAGGAGUUGAAUGAUCUUGGCAGAGACCCUCCAGCACAGUGUUCAGCAGGACCUGUGGGUGAUGACUUAUUUCAUUGGCAAGCAACAAUUAUGGGACCGACGGAUAGUCCAUUCACAGGCGGUGUAUUUUUUCUAACAAUACACUUCCCUACAGAUUAUCCAUUUAAACCCCCUAAGGUUGCCUUUACAACAAGAAUAUAUCAUCCCAACAUAAACAGUAAUGGAAGUAUUUGUCUGGACAUAUUACGUUCACAAUGGUCUCCAGCUUUAACAAUAUCAAAAGUACUUCUUUCCAUAUGUUCAUUGCUAACUGACCCAAAUCCAGAUGAUCCUCUUGUGCCAGAAAUAGCCAGAAUAUACAAAACGGACAGGGAAAAAUACAACUCAACAGCCAGGGAAUGGACUGCUAAAUAUGCCAUGUGACAUUGUAAUAACAGCGAAACAAGACAAAAAUGAAAUGCAUCUGAAAUUUUUAUAUUUUCACUUUUCCCGUGGUAUGCUGCACAACUAAGUGGCAUUCCAGCAGAGAGACCAGGAUAUCGGAAUCUGGAGUGAAUGUCCUUGACUUAAUUCAGUCUGGGGUUUUUUUUUCUCUCAUGUUCUCUGGAAAAAAAACUUUUUUAAAGAGUUGUAAGAUUUAAUUAAGUACUAUAUUAUUAUUAUUAUUAUUAUUAUUCUUUUUAUAUAUAUAAUGUUGUUUCAGACAUUCAGAUGGUCAAACUUUUCCCCUAACUAAUGAAUGUGUGUUAAGAAAUCAAGAGUGAAAUGACAUUUGAUAAUUAAUUUUUUUGUUGAACUUUUGAAGCUCAUUAUUUUUGUUGUUAAUUCCGUGUCCACAAGCUGAUGUACUUUGUCAUAUUUAAUAAUUUUACAAGGACAUUACAAAUUCUUUAAGCAAUCUGCUGGUAAUCCUUGAUAGAAGCCCACAUUGCAAGUCAUCCAUAUUUGUCACAUUAAGUUCUAGUGAUUGUUAUUAACUUUUCUUUUUGACCAGUGCUAAAAGGGUAUUGAUUGUUUUCCAUAAUAAAUUGCCAAUAUGAUAAGUGAUUUUUUUAAAUUUUAUUUUAAUUUUGUUUUUCGUCAUUGGGUCUUUCGUUUAUAUUUUAUAAAAAAGGUUCACUCAGAACAGAUUAAGUGCUAAACUCGCAUAUAAAGCAGCCUCCUAAUGUUUCUCUGUCAGGAAGGGGGUGUAAUUUCAGCAGAACGUCCUUUGUAAUAUAACUGUGCAUAGUUGAAUAAAAAUUGGAGUAAUUGU